CCUGCGCAUCUCUCCUGAAGUUGAAUAACUUUGCUGCGCUUCAGGGCGCAGCCUGAAGUGUUGCUGGUUGUCCUUAUCUGGGAGGAUCUCUAUCACGCUUUAACGAGGCACUUGACCUGCCUCGGCGCUCUCCGACUCCCUGAGUGACGCAAAAAAAAAAAAAAAAAAAAAAAAAAAAAAAGUGGGCUGGCAGAGCGCUAAGAGCAGCAGUUUAGAGGACUAUCGGUGCGCACCGAAACAUCAGCAGAGUUCAUUUAGAAAGCUCAUCUCUCGGAUGCCAAAUCACCUUCAAAUCCAUGCACACCGGUGAGCGCGCGGAUGUAUCUGAAAGCUGCGACUUUCCCCUCCAACCUGUGGCAAACUCACGCUGUCGGUCAGUGAGUUGGAGGCUAGAUGAAACUUUUUUUCUUUUCCCCCCUUGCUGAAUGAGGACCUCACCGCUGGCUGCCACAUCUGGACUCUCCGUGCGCUGYCGGAGCUGUCAUGUUCAGCGCGAACUUUUUUUAACAGGGACUUCAACUCACGCGAGCAGUUCUCAGUUUGCCCAGCGCUGAACUUUCAGGAGUUGUAUUGGAACUAGUUUUAAACAAACCUCUCCUCUUCAAGCGAUUUUCUCUCUUUUUUAUUUUUAUUUUUUUUUUUGAAUUUUUAAAAUAUUUUUAUACAUCCAAACGCGCAAAAAUGGAACACCCAGUCCUCAGGCUGACAUGUGUCUUAGUGGUUAUCUGUCUUUUGGAUAAAAGGGUGGAUUCCAAUGAAAUCUUGGGCCUGAAGCUCCCCAACAUCGAACCGAUCCUGAAUGCCAACACAGUGUGUCUGACGCUGCCAGGGCUGACACGACGCCAGCUGGAAGUGUGCAUGCGUAAUCCAGACGUAACGGCUUCGGCAAUCCAGGGAAUCCAGAUUGCCAUCCACGAGUGCGAGCACCAGUUCAGAGGACACCGCUGGAACUGCUCCAGCCUGGAGACCAGAAACAAAAUACCCUACGACAGCAUAGUCUUUAAAAGAGGUUUUCGAGAGAGUGCCUUUGCGUAUGCCAUCGCAGCAGCCGGCGUGGUGCACGCUGUGGCCAAUGCUUGCUCCAUGGGUAAACUCAAGGUCUGUGGCUGUGAUGAAAAACGGCGUGGGGAUGAGGAGGCGUUUCGCAUCAAGCUUCACCGCUUGCAGCUGGAGGCCAUCCACAGGGGGAAGGGGAUGGUUCAUGGCGUGAUGGAGCACUUCCCUGCCGACAUGCCAGGACUACCCCAGGACUCCUGGGAGUGGGGUGGCUGCAGCCCCGAUGUGGAAUUCGGAGAAAAGUUCUCACGGGACUUCCUGGAUGCCCGUGAAACCUACCGGGAUAUCCAUGCUCGGAUGAGGUUGCAUAAUAAUAAAGUUGGGAGACAGGUGGUUAUCGACAACAUGAAAAGGAAGUGCAAGUGCCACGGGACAUCRGGGAGCUGCCAGCUGAAGACCUGCUGGCAGGUCACUCCGGAGUUCCGAGUCGUGGGCUCGAUUCUGAAAGAGCGCUUCCACGUCGCCACGCUCAUCAAGGCUCACAACCGGAACAACGGGCAGCUGGAUCACUCCAACCACAACAAUCACAACCACCACAGUCACCACCAGCAUCACAACCACAACCACCCCACGCACCGGCGGCGGCCGAGCAGCAAAGAGCUGGUGUACUUCGAAAAGUCGCCGGAUUUCUGCGAGCGGGACCUGGGCUCGGACUCGUGGGGCACGCAGGGCCGGAUCUGCAACAAGACCAGUCCCGGCAUGGACAACUGCGAGAGCCUGUGCUGCGGGCGGGGCCACAACAUUCUGCAGCAAACGCGGAGCGAACGUUGCAACUGCAAGUUUCACUGGUGCUGUUACGUGGUCUGCGAAGAGUGCAGGAUAACAGAGUGGGUCAGCGUCUGCAAAUGAAGAAAAAAAUAAAAAAAAAAACGUUAGGAAAAGGAAAGAGAAAGACAUUGUUUUCAAUCCAAAGUGAUUCUCUAAAAAAGGGGAAACGACUUUAAUAUAUUUGCCCCAGACUUUUUGCGAAGGACUGCAGUUUUUCUUUGCAGAACAGUUGUGCAAAGAGAAUGUGAAGCAGCUGAGCCAGCAAAAAGAAACUUGUGUUGUCGGUAACGAGCGCGCACAUGCCGGAUAUGGCUGCCACAACUCAGAAAUAUGAGCUGUUUAACGCAGUUAACUUGAGACUAAAGAUCAUAAAUAUAUUAGAUGGAUAUCUGAAAAGAAAAACAGUCUUUUCACUUGCUCACAGCUAAACAGCAAAACAAAACUCUUAGGCACAAAGCUAAUUGUUUUGCAGCUACAGUAAAAUAAGAUCAACAUGACACCUAAAACUCAGAUUUAUUAUAUGAUAUUUAUAUUAUACACUAAACUCCAUAAGCCAACACUGACGUACAGCACAAAUCCAACCACACAAUUAUGUUUUUGGCCACUAUCUAAAUACACAAAUGUAGAUAUCUUUACAAAGUUUCCCACAAAACGACAUACUGUGUUUGAGCACUUACUGAUUUCAUACCUUGUUGAAAGACACUUAAAUAGCAAAAAAUAUUUAUUUCUAGAAGCUGCAUUGUUGCACAUUCAGUGCAAUAAGUUCAGGUAAAACUUUGUAAAUGUUCUUGUUACUAUGUUGUGUGUGAUCAAACAUAAACUACCAGCAAUUAUGACAUUCUUUCAGCAUUUUGAAAAUACAGUAGAGAGGAUUUGGCAGUUAUUGCAUGUGUGCAUCAAAGGCUUGAUACUUUUAAGGGACUAAAACCACAGUGAGUAUUACAGCAGUGACAAACUGAAGGGCUGAAGGGAAAGGUGGCGCAUCACUGAGCUGCGACUGUUGGGAGAGUUGGUGACUCGAAAUUGUGGGGGAAAAUUGCAAGAAAUGAUGUGAAUUUCCAGUUUGUGAUCAAGCGACCGUCAAGCUGCGUGUUUGCGUUUUGAGCAAACAUUUUCACGAACAUUACAACGUGUUUUUGUGUAUAGUUUUGUCGUUCCCUCCUCGGUCGCAGACAAGAGCUCCCUUGCAGGAGUUAAAAUGCUUCUGCUCUCGAGUUGGAUUCAGMACAUUUCAAAAGGGUUUAAGGUGGKUUAAAGACACCCRUAAUGACAUUAUGAAACUUUUGAGUAAAAAAAAAUGUUACGCCAUUUUUCUUUAUUUAGACAAGGAAGUUUAAAACCUCCUGAAAACUGCAAGACAUUCAUGAGAUGUUUUCACGACUGACUUGAUUCCAGCGACUCAGCUCAUUGAGAUGCCACCUUAAAAUCAAACAGAAAUCUGAUCAGACCAUCACAUCUGAGGACAUCUGUCUUCUUUGAACCAAUGAUAACUUUUAAUAAGAACGUACCACUUCUUUCAUCUUAUGAGCUCACUUGAAUAUGACAGCAGGAAACCACUAAGGCAAGUAUUUUUAUUUUUUAUUUUUUUAGAUACAUGAACUAAUUUAUCAAAAAUAUUCCAUGUGUGGUUAAUGUGAUGUUAUUCAGAGUGCAUUAUUCAAAAUACAUUUUUCACCCUAUACACAAUCUGAACAACACUGUAAAUAAAAAAAAGAAUAAUGCAGCACAGAUGUCAUCAAUAAUGUUUAGUUGCCUGAGGAAACUGAGCUCCGGUUGCACGCGCUAUAAACAUCCUUAAGUGACAUCAAUCAACGUGUUUCCAGUUUUGUGAUGCAACAUCCUGUGGGCAGCACUGUAGGCUCCUUGUUAUAAAUUCAUACUCACCAUUACGCGUCUUCAAUGUGUGCAACACAGAUAUCCUGACRGCAACAUUCAGAGUGUGCAGAGAGGAUUUCUGCUUAUUAUAGGAUCAUAUGUGAGCUCAAGAAACUUGUAUGAGUAAAGCUUCUUAUCAGAUGGUGUAAUUUAUUUUUUAAGUAAACGUUUCUGUGUUGAAAGCAGGAAAAAAAAGUGGGAUUAUAUGUUUCCAGUGUAAAAGGUUAUUUUGACUCUGAUAAUUAGUUUGCACAUACAAAACUGUCCAGGAAAUCUCUGGGAAGUUAUCAGCAACAUGCAUUGUUUUUUUUUUUUCCAAGUGUUCAGUGUAAUGUAUGUUUGUAUUUUGUAUGUUUUAAUAUGGAUAUUAUCUAAGUUAUUUUAUUUUUGUGGAUAACUUAAUAUUUGUAAGACAA